UAAUGCCUCGCGAAAUCAUCACACUUCAAGUUGGAUAAUGUGGUAAUCAAAGUAAGUGUAUAAUGAAAUACUUUUAGUUGGUAUUGAGUUUUGGAAAUAGUUAAUCAAAGAGCAUGGUAUAAAUAAUGAGGGAAUUUUGGAGGAAUUUGCACUCUAAGGAGAUGAUAGGAAAGAUGUGUUCUUCUAUUAAGCUGAUGAUGAACAUUACAUACCAAGAGCUUUAUUGAUAGACAUGGAACCUAGAGUUAUCAAUUAUAUAUAGACAUCAUAAUUUUCUACUCUCUUCAAUCCUGAGAAUAUAUUUAUUUCAAAAGAUGGAGGUGGAGCAGGAAAUAAUUGGGCAUGUGGUUAUUCAUAAGGUGAAAGAUACUAAGAAGAAUUGAUGGAAAUGAUAGAUAGAGAAGCAGAUGGAUCAGACAGUUUGGAGGGAUUUUUAAUGCUUCAUUCAAUUGCUGGUGGUACAGGUUCAGGAUCAGGAUCAUAUAUUUUGGAAAGAUUGAAUGAUCGUUUUCCCAAGAAAAUUAUAUAAACAUACUCUGUGUUCCCUAAUCAAAAUGAGACUAGUGAUGUUGUUGUUCAACCCUAUAAUUCCCUACUUACUCUACGUAGAUUAGCCUAAAAUGCAGAUGCUGUUGUUGUAUUGGACAAUACUGCUUUGAAUAGAAUAGCUGUGGACAGACUCAAAAUACCCAUACCAACUGUAUCUCAAACCAAUUCACUAGUGGCUAUGGUUAUGGCUGCUUCUACAACUACACUUAGAUAUCCUGGAUAUAUGAAUAAUGAUUUAGUUAGUAUUUUGGCUGGAUUAGUCCCAACACCUAGAUGUCACUUUUUAAUGACUGGAUAUACUCCUUUGACUAUUGAUAGACAUGUAUAUAUUUAUAUUCAAAUUUAGAUUUCUUCUGUAAGAAAAACCACAGUUUUAGAUGUAAUGAGAAGAUUACUUUAGACUAAGAACAUCAUGGUUUCAACAUCUACUAAGAAUGGAAAUUACAUUUCUAUUUUAAAUAUCAUUCAAGGAGAUGUCGAUGCUACUCAAAUACAUAAAAGUUUAUAAAGAAUUAGAGAGCGCAAACUGGCCAGUUUUAUUGAAUGGGGUCCUACUUCAAUUUAAGUAGCACUUUCAAAGAAGAGUCCUUAUAUUGAGACUUCUCAUAAAGUUAGUGGACUUAUGUUGGCUAAUCAUACCAGUAUUCAUUCAGUAUUAUAUUUAUGAAACGGUUUUAGCUUUUUGAUAGAAUAUUAAAACAAUAUCAUAAGUUGAGAAACAGAAAUGCUUUCCUUGAUUAAUACAAAAAAGAGGCUAUGUUUAAGGAUUCACUUGAUGAAUUUGAUGAAUCAAGAGAGUGUUUAGAAUCCUUAAUUAGUGAAUACAAAGCAGCUGAAUAAAAAAACUAUUUGGAUUGGGGUAACGAUGACAAUAUGAGAAUCGAAGAGUAACAAUGAAAAUUUAUAUAUUUUUAUUAAUUAAAAUAAAUGGGUAAUUGUACUAAGAUGUGUUAUGUUAGUGAAGGUGUACAAUAACUUACAAAAAAGGAAGAAUUUGCAAUUGAAACUGGAAUAAAGAGUGAUGAUUUGAUUAUGCACUCUACUCAUGGGAAAUCAAAGGAGAACAAAGAUGAUUAAUAUUCAUAAUGUUCUAAUAAAAGUGCUCUUCCUUAAAUAAUUUCUAUUGAAGAUGAAAUCUUAAUAUAAUCUACUUUGAAUUCAAGUGUUCCUGUAAAACUAAGAAAAAUAUUAAUGGAGGAUGAUGCUUACUAUGAGGGAGAGUGGAUGCAAGGUAAACGUUGGGGAUAAGGAGAAUAAAGAUGGCCAGAUGGGUAUGACAUAUCUUAUUUUAAGUUUCUAGGUCAACUUAUAAAGGGGAAUGGAAGAACAAUAAGGCUAAUGGGUAUGGUAUUUUGACUCAUUCUGAUGGAGAUGUCUACAAAGGAGAAUGGUUAAAUGACUAAGCUCAUGGAAAAGGAGUCUACAUAAACUUCAACCAAGCUAAAUAUGAGGGUGACUGGGUCGAAGAUAGAUAAGAUGGAUACGGUGUUGAGAGUUGGCCUGAUGGUUCUUUAUUUGAAGGUAGCUGAUUGAUAAUAUAUCUAUGCUCAGGGCAUUACAAACAAGGUAAGAAAGAAGGCUUUGGAAAGCUAACAUAUCCAGAUGGUUCAAAGUAUGAAGGCAAUUUUCAAAUGAAUAAUCUUCACGGACAAGGAAAGUACAUUUGGCCUGAUGGGAGGAUAUAUGAAGGAGAUUGGGUAAAUAAUUAAAUGAAUGGGAAGGGAAUGAUGAAAUGGGAAGAUGGUAUGGAAUGCAGAUUAUCUAGGGAGACAGUAUGAAGGAGAAUACAAGGAAGGAUAGAAGCAUGGUUUUGGAACAUUGAUAUGGGAAGAUGGUCAUAAAUAUGUAGGUUAAUGGAUAAUGGGAAAAUAAGAUGGAAUAGGUGAAUAUUUCUUUACUAAUGGUACUUCUCGUAAAGGAGUAUGGAAAGAAGGCAAACGGAUCUAAUGGGAUUGA